UGCUUUGAACAAAAAUGUGUAGACUAUACUCUAAUUUAUUCUCUCUCUGUCUCUUUCUGUCUGUCUCUUUCUGUCUCUCUCUCUCUCUGUCUCUUUCUGUCUGUCUCUUUCUGUCUGCCUCUCUCUGUCUGUCUCUCUCUGUCUGUCUCUCUUUCUCAGGUCCUGGAUUCGGUUCCCAUUAAAAAGUCGAAGCAUGAUGAUUUCUCUCACUCGCCCUCGGCAGAUAAAGACAAGAAACCUGACUGGCUGCGCUCCCUCUCUGCCUCGGCCAAUAAGGGUUUUAACUGUGCUCAGCUGCGACAGAGAGUGUCUGCGUUCAGGCCCUGGUCCCCGAACAUCACCGAAAAGGACGGAGCCACAAAAGCAGCUAGCAUGCCGCGGGACAGUCUUUAUAACUAUAAGUCUCUGGAGAACGCAGUGGCCCCAAACGUGGCUCUGCCUCCGCUGCAGAAGGGGGCGCCGGCGUCUCUGUCCCUCCUGAGCAGCGCGAGCCGCAGUGACGAGCGCACCGAGGGACACGGAAAGAGCCGAAAGAGGAGGAUAACAGGCGAGGGUCACACAGGACACGCCCCCUCUGGUCACACCCAACAAAGCCACGCCCUCUCUCGAGCACCUCCACCAAUGACGGAGGGGCGCGACUCGGACGUGGAGGUCGAGGUUCGAGAUGAAGUGACCUCCUCGCUCUCGUCCCUCUCGUCUCCCUCGUUCACCUCCUCCGGCUCCGCUAAGGAACUCAGCUCUCCGGGAGUUGCAGGGGUCACGGGGGUCACCGAGGUCACCUCGCUGUCGGGGUCCGGGGUGGAGAGCCAAGUGGGUGGAGUUUCUGUGGACUCUGAGCUGGAGACCCUGAGGCAGGCGCUGGAGGGAGGGAUGGAGUCUCGCGAGUCGAAGGAGAAGUUCCUGCACGAGAUCCUGAAGAUGAGGGUGAAGCAGGAGGAGAAGCUGGGAUCGGCUCUGCAGGCCAAACGCAGCCUUCAGCAGGAGCUGGAGUUCCUACGUGUGGUGAAGAAGGAGAAGCUGCGUGAAGCGAGUGAAUCUAAGCGCGCUCUGCGUAAGGAGAUGGAGAGACUGCGAGCGGAGAACGAGAGGAAGAUGAAGGAAGCGAACGAGACUCGAACCCGACUCACCCGGGAGCUGGAGGAGGCCAAGCAGCUGCGCAGGUGUGAUAAAGGCUGCGAGGCCGGACGCAUGCGCGCUAAGUACUCCGCUCAGAUCGAGGAGCUGCAGAUGAAGCUCCAGCUGGCCGAGGCGGAUCGUGAGCAGCUCCGCUCUGAGCUCCAGCAGGAACGUGAAGCUCGUCAGCACCUCGAGAGGGUCGUGAAAGAUCUACAGGAUCAGCUGUGGCCCAAACCUGAGGAGGAACCACACACAGAGCUCAGAGGGAAACCUCCAUCAGCUCCAUCUGCUUCAAACGCUAAAGAGUCCAGCAAUUAACACACAUUCUGACCUUACACACACACACACACACACACACACACACACACUUACAGACACAGUGAUCACGAUGAGGACGAGAGGAGAGAGAGGGAGAGAGAGAGAAACUCUGUGGAGUGACUAAAGACAUUGAAAUGAAAGAAAAGAAAAAGGCGAAUGUGUAGAAACGGAAGAAGACAUUAAAGCAGGAAUUCAGGAAGAGUGUGUUCCACUUGUGAGCACUGACUCGCGCCCGUCUCCUCACACACACUGCACUGGUCCUGGUUCGGAUUCAGAAGAACGCAGGAUCCGGAACGUUCCGCGGUUUCACGGCGGUUUACAGCGAGCUCCACGGUGUGUUUGUGAAUUUUCCAGAACUUUCCCACUUCCCGGUUUCUCCGCGUGUUUACAGUAAACUGUCCUCCUGCAGUUACGCUGGGAUCCGUUCCUCUCUGUGGAACUUUAUACCAUAUUAUAUUAAAUAUAAACCUCACGCUCCAUAUAAAUAUUACACACAUCACACACACGUACUCUUGUGCAGACUUAAAAAAACAACAGAGACUUUUAUACAAAUUUAAAAUGGAUUCUGUACAUGAGGGAGAACUUCGGGGGAUUUCGGAGAGGAAUAAUUCUCCUCCUCUCUUCGUUAACGUUAAGAAAGUGUGUGUUUUUACACUCUCCUCUUUUUAUAACAGACUAUUUAUCAGACCAGUUACCAUACAAAACAUUUCUUUUUUUUUGAAGAUUUUUUCAAAGAAAUUGUAUCUGUGUCGCUUGCUAUCAUUGCUAUUAAAUCAUUUUGUAUAAAAACACACACACACACACACACACACACACACACACACGAGUGUUCUGGUCAAAACCUCGUAAGUGUAUCUUAAAAAGAUACUUCAGUGUGUGUGUGUGUCAUGCUAACAGCUUCAUUGUGCAUAUCCACCGUUGCAUUGCUAACAGUUAGCAUCAUGCUAAAUCAUGGCGGCCAUGUUUUUUUUUGUAGAGCUGUUUUUAAAAAAGCGACAGAAUGUUCUUCUUAAGUAAAUUAUAUGUAAAUAUGAAUGUUUUUUUCUUUUCUUUUCUUUAAAAAAAAAACUUUACAAUAAUGAAUCGCACUUUGUCAUAACAAGAUCCUGCGUAAAAAAAUAAAUAAAUGCAUUAGCCUCUCUGUACAUUUAUUUCAGAGUUUAGCCUCCAGGAGUAUAGAAAAUAAAAAAUAAAAAAAAAGAAAUAAUAAUAAUAAUAAUAAUAAUAAUAAUAAUAAAAA